AUGGCUUCAAGAACUAACAUCAACCAGAACGCACGUACCAAUGGAUCAACAUCUAGGCCAUUGAUCAACGCAGUCAACACUGGGCAUAUAGAAUCGUCAAAUCCAAUGAUUGCUCCUAGACCAGAAAAUAUGUCAAUUCCAGUGUCAGAGUUUAAUGAUGUAGUCAGUCUUCUCGCUACACUCAAUGACAAAAUGACAGCUGUUAGUUCCGAUGUUAGUGAAUUGAAAGUACAAUGCCAGGUGGGUGCUCAAUCGACUGGCAUGCAAGCCGUUCUGGAUUCUGAUAUGGAUCCUCAGGACAUCAUAAGCAGCUCAAGACACCCAAAGAUCUCAUAUUAUUCGGGGGCGGUAAGAGAUAUUAAUCUUAAGACAGAUGAUUUGGAGUUGAUCAGAGAGAAUGAUGAUAAACCAACUUGGGAUGUCAAUGUUGGUUUGUCUGACGAGUUUAACAAGAAUCUUGCAAGUGAUUUGAUGCUUUACAUUCGUCGUCAACCUGUAGCAGCCAUGGUACCACCAAAAGAGCUAUGUGGUAUAAUUGUAAACAGCUAUUACAAUCGCUUGGCUGCUAGUAAGCUUACUGAAGAAGACAGACAGACAAACACUACCUCAAACAGAAGAGGAAAUAGAAAGACUGCUCUUAAUAAAAGGAGAAAAAGAACGUACACAAAGCAUAAGGAUGCCGUCACUGAAAAGUUUAAUCAGGAUUAUAAUGGCGUUUUUUACAGAGAUGCAAUGUCUGGUGAUGAGACAGAAACCGAUACUUCUGUUGUUGCAUCUCGUCCUGAUUGGCGUAGUGAUGAGUUGAAUACCAUGUUUAACUUUCUUGAUGAGCUCGCCAGAGAUGACUUGGGAAAAAGAGCAAUGCAGUUGAAGUCGCGGAGUCAUGUGUUAGUACACAAGACAAUUCCUCGUGGCUUGGUCACAAAAAUGCCUACGUGGUCAAAACGCAUAUAA